UAAAUGUUUUAAAGUUAAACCUGAAACUGAUACGUUUUUACAUUUGAAUAAAGUUUAAUAUACAACUUGAUAAUAUAUACAUGAUAUAUGGUGUGCGUGUGUGAAGAAACACUUUUGGAAUAUUAAUAGUGCGAAUUGUCUAUUAUUUUGCGCUGCAAAUGUGCCUUCAAAAAUGUGCCUGCAAUGAUAAUAUUCCCUAUAUAAAAUAAUAGCUGGACAGUUUUGAACAACCAAGUUCUAUUGUUUUAUGAAUCUGGAUAACUAGCGGAACUGAUUCUAUAUAGAAGGACAGGUACAGCACCAGUCACGUGAUGUGAAUUUAAACCAGUAGAAACACUCGUUAUUUACAAAAGAUUCUUGCGCAGCCGCAGUUAAAGAACACCGGUUGUUGCAUAGCGACGGAACUGUCAUAAUGUCAGAAGGGCAAUCGACUGGCACUUUAAAUCCGGCGUUUGAUCUAAAUGGUGAGAGGGAAGAGGUCAAUGAUCAACAAGAGGUUGAAGCAGAUGUCCAAGUUACAAGAUUUGGCGGGAAGGAAUCGGACACUGAAGGAAGUUUAGAAAAUAGAAAUACAUAUACUGCUUCUAAUGAUGACGAAAUUGAAGUUAAAGAAACUGUUCUUGACAUUUUACGUAGAAGUCAGAAGCAAGAAGAGGCAGACAAGGGACAUAAUGGCAGCGAACGAGAUAUCAGUAAGCCUCAUGACGUCAGAAUUACUAUUCCUGAACCAGGUGAUUUCGCAAAAGAGAAGGUAUCUGAUAUAACCAACGGCAUUUCUGAAUAUUCUACAGCCGCGUCAGCGGACUCAUCUGGUGAGACUAACGGAACAAAAGACGACGCAAGAAUAAGUGAUAUGGAAGGUGAAGACACAAAGGAGCAAUUACAGGGAAAUGUUCAAUCUGACGAGCAAAUCACGAGAGAAAGUGGUAAAAAGCAUGGCUCAAAAGAAGGUUUGGAGAAGCGAAAUACAUAUACUGUGUCAAACAAAAUUAACAAUGAAGAGAAGGAAACUGUUCUUGACAUUUUAAUGAAAAGUCAGAAGGAUAGUGGAAAUAAGGAGACUGUACAAAGACUAGAGGAUGCCACAGUAGGACAAACCGAUACUGAAGAAACCAGAUUUACUAUUGCGGAUGAAGUUGACAAAAAGAAGGUAUCAAACAAGGCACUCACCCAGACGUAUAGUUUAGCUACCCCUUCGAAUGGAAGGUCUUCAAGUGAUAGCCGAAAUAUUCCGAAAAACAAGCUAGGACAGUCACUAAGUUUGUCGCUAAGUAAGGCAGAACAAGUCCCUCCAUUGGACCCAAACACUGCCGAGACUUCACGACAAAAAGUUCAGUCGUAUUUUAGUACAUGCGAAUGGACGUACGUUUCAAUAACAUAAUACAAUUGACUCUAUCCUAACUAUAAUACGCUAGAUAUGCGGAAAGAAUGAGUAUAUCAGUGGUUUACGUCAGACGGUAUAAACAUGCUGAGUUUUGUAUUCAUCAACGUUUAACCCUUAGCCUGCUGGCGGCAAGUGAUUUUGCCUUUGCGACCAGUGGAGACCAAAAUCAGCCUGCACAUCCGUGUAGUCUGUUCAUGGUCUGCACUGUUCGCUAUUCAGUCAGUAUCAUUUUUGUAAACACCCCUUUUAACAGUUAAUGGUACUGUCCAAAUUGAAAGAUGGACAAGUUCAUUAUAGAAAUUUAGCAGAGUAAGUGUAAAUACUAAGAUUUUGAUAUAUUAAA